AUGUCGACGAGCCAGGUGGUAUUGACAGUGGCCAGAUCGAUUUCCGCAGAUCUAUGGUUUAGAGAGGCUGCGAUAGAAAACCGUGACAGGAUAGAGCAAGUGCAAAGGGUUUGUAAAAAGUACAAACUGGGCGCUUACAGAUCGGCAAGCUAUGAAGUGGAGUUUAAAGAACCACCUGCGCCUCAAUACGGAGUUUUCUACAUCGACAAUCGCCAUAACGUAUCCUACUGUCCUAUUUACAAAGCUGGAAGUACCACGUGGAUCUAUAAUUUGUGCCUGUUGAACGGCGUGUCCAAGGAAGAGCUCCAAAGUGGCAGGGAGCAGAUUUCAGUGAUCGCGAGGAGAGUCAUGCCUGAAAUGGAUUAUCCAGAAGCUGAUGAGCUCCUAAAAAAGACUGCCAAGAUACUCAUCGUGCGCCACCCAUUCGAGCGGCUGCUGAGCGCGUACCGCGACAAACUGGAAAACUCUGUGGCUGGCCGUGAGCACGGCUCCCUGCACUUUUACAAGAAAUACGGCAGCUCGAUAGUCCGAAAGUACCACGACGACAGUCAACCCAAGCCCCGUAGUGACCAAGUGAUCCGAAAACUGGGUGUGCCCGAACCAGCGGGAAUCGAGCCGACUUGGCGCGAAUUCGUCGAUUACCUGAUCAACACCGACCUUUCGAGCUACGCCGACGACCACUGGGCCCCGUACUACCUCUACUGCACGCCCUGCCUCGUCGAUUACGACCUUAUCGCGAAGGUCGAGACUUUGGGCCGCGACCAGGCGUUUGCCAUCCAACAAUUGGGCCUCGCGGAUUCGAUAGAGCCCCGCUGGAGGCACAGCAGCAGCAACAGCGCCGGGGUGGACCCAGCGGCCGUUUACUUCAGCCAGUUGGACAAAGAACGUGUACGAAAACUCCACAACAAGUUCAGGCUGGACCUCGAACUCUUCGGUUACUCGGCUGAGCCCUAUUACGAGCUAGCCACUGCAACUGAGUAG